UAUCUGUUUGAUUUAUAAGAAGUAUCAAAAUGGCUAAAGAAGGCCCCCGCGCUUCGAAAUUCGACCCCACCACGGAGGCGUUCCAGAUGCGGGCGCAGUGGAAGAAGCAGGAUAUGUGCCGCAAGCAGUGGUUCAAGCGCUGGGCUUGGCUGCUCGACGAAAGGAUCCGAGCCCAGACAGAAGCGGAGGCCGUUAAAAAGGAAGUAGAGGCCGCCCUGCCCCACGUCGCGUCUAAAGAAGAAACGAUCAAGACACUGAAACCAGUCCCAGUCACUUCCACCGGCACCAUCGGCUGGCUCGCGUCCAAGCCCGACUGUCAGUUAGAAAUAUACACUUCGUGGCUCUCGAAACCUCCGCUAAGGCUUCCUGAUGCCUGGGAAGCUAAAAACUACACUGGACCGAAAAUCACUAAGCAUUAAUAAGAGUAUAGCUUGACACUCAGUUAGUACCUACGUACUUUUCCUACCUAAUGCUUUCAUCUAUUUAUAGACUGACUUAGGUAAAUAUUGGUCAAUACAAUAGCUGGGUAUGAAGAAAACUUUCGUUUAAUUGAUUGAUCCACUUUACAGCUAACUCGUUGCUUUAGCUCUAUCUUUCAUCCAAUUUAGCCGCACAGCGAUAGCCUGGCCGAUAACAUCGUUUUAUUUCUUCUACGACGACGAGUAGGUAGCUUACCUACAUUAUGUAUGUACCAAUACCUACCUAC